AUGGAAGCUUUCGGCGGAUUCUUGGUGGACGAGAAGGCGGUCCGGGUCGAGAACAUCUUCUUGGACUUCCUCAAAAGCUUCCGACUCGGCGGCGAAGGCGAGCUCUAUUACGAGGCCGAGAUCGAAGCCAUGAUCAACAACGAGUCCACCACCAUGUUCAUCGACUUCUCUCACGUCAUGACCUUCAACAAUCUCCUCCAGAAGGCCAUUUCCGACGAGUUCUUGAGGUUCGAGCCGUAUUUGAGGAACGCGUGCAAGAGAUUCGUGAUGGAGCGGCGGUCCAAUGCGAUGCAGGAUGAUGUUAACAAGGACAUCAAUGUGGCCUUCUUCAAUCUUCCGGCGUCGAAGAGGUUGAGGGAAUUGACGACAGCCGAAAUAGGGAAACUGGUGUCGGUGAAAGGAGUGGUGACUCGGACGAGUGAGGUCCGGCCUGAGCUUCUCCAGGGGACUUUUAAGUGCUUGGAAUGCGGAGGUGUCAUCAAGAAUGUUGAACAGCAGUAUAAGUACACUGAGCCGACGAUUUGUGUCAAUGCCACUUGCGCAAAUAGAGCAAGGUGGGCAUUGCUUCGGCAAGAGAGCAAAUUUGCGGAUUGGCAGAGGGUGCGAAUGCAGGAGACUUCCAAGGAGAUACCCGCGGGCUCCCUUCCCAGGUCGCUGGAUGUUAUAAUCCGCCAUGAGAUCGUUGAGAAGGCCAGGGCUGGUGACACGGUUAUAUUCACUGGCACAGUGGUUGUGAUACCAGACAUAUUGGCUUUGUCUGCCCCCGGAGAGAGAUCAGAAGUUUCGCGCCAAGCUUCCCAGCGUAGUAAUGGUGCAGCUGGGCAUGAAGGAGUCAGGGGUCUCCGAGCAUUAGGAGUGAGAGACCUCUCAUACCGCCUGGCCUUCAUCGCAAAUUCAGUUCAGAUUUCUGAUGGCAGGCAGGAUACUGACAUUCGGAAUAGAAAGAAGGAUGCUGAAGAUGAUGACAACCAGCAGUUCACUGCAGAAGAGCAAGAUGAAGUUCAAAGAAUGAGGAAUACUCCUGAUUUCUUCAAUAAGAUUGUUGAUAGCAUUGCCCCAACCGUGUUUGGCCACCAAGAUAUCAAGAGAGCAAUCCUGCUUAUGCUCCUGGGUGGUGUCCACAAGUUUACUCAUGAAGGUAUCAACCUGAGAGGAGAUAUCAAUGUAUGUAUAGUCGGGGACCCCAGUUGUGCAAAAUCUCAGUUCCUCAAGUAUGCUGCUGGGAUAGUUCCAAGAUCUGUUUACACAUCCGGGAAAUCCUCCUCUGCUGCUGGUUUAACUGCUACUGUGGCCAAAGAACCAGAAACUGGGGAGUUUUGUAUUGAGGCUGGUGCAUUAAUGCUCGCUGACAAUGGCAUUUGUUGCAUUGAUGAAUUUGACAAGAUGGAUGUUAGGGAUCAGGUUGCAAUUCAUGAGGCAAUGGAACAGCAGACGAUAAGCAUUACAAAAGCAGGAAUACAGGCAACACUGAAUGCUCGAACAUCGAUUCUUGCUGCUGCGAACCCCACAGGGGGCCGUUAUGAUAAAUCUAAACCUCUAAAGUAUAACGUGGCUCUUCCUCCUCCUAUUUUAUCAAGGUUUGAUCUGGUAUAUGUCAUGAUUGAUGACCCAGAUGAUCAAACUGAUUACCACAUAGCCCACCAUAUUGUAAGAGUACAUCAAAAACGGGAAGAGGCACUCAGUCCUACAUUCACUACUGCACAGCUGAAGCGGUAUAUUACAUAUGCCAAAACUCUGAAACCAAAGUUAAAUUCAGAUGCUAGAAAGCUGUUGGUGGACUCUUAUGUUGCUCUCAGAAGAGGUGAUACUGCUCCUGGUGGUAGAGUUGCUUAUCGCAUGACAGUUAGGCAACUAGAGGCAUUAAUCAGAUUGUCAGAGGCCAUUGCUCGAAGUUAUUUAGAGCUUCAGGUUAAACCACACCAUGUCCGUUUAGCAGUGAGAUUGCUGAAAACCUCAAUAAUUAGUGUCGAGUCUAGUGAGAUUGAUCUAUCAGAGUUUGAAGACUCUCAUGACAAUGUUGAGGGCAAUGACAAUGGAAAUAAUGGUACUGAUCACGUUGAUGAUAAUGGAAAUAAUGAAGGUGGGGCUGCAAAUCAACAGGGAAAGAAGCUUAUAAUAAGUGAUGAAUAUUUUCAGAGAGUUACCCAGGCCCUUAUCAUGCGUCUGAGACAGCACGAAGAAGAUGUUAGACAAAGUGGGACAGGGCUGGCUGGAAUGAGGCAGAGGGACUUGAUUCAGUGGUAUGUGAGUCAGCAGAACGAGAAAAAUAAUUAUGAUUUUGUGGAGGAAGCAGCUGCUGAAAUUUCUAAAAUCAAAGCUAUCAUAGAGAGCUUAAUAAGAAGAGAAGGGCAUCUGAUAGUCCUAGAUGAUGAGAGGCAAGCAGCAGAUGGUGAAGGACCACCACAGCCACCAGUAUCCAGAAAUGACAGAAUAUUGGCCGUGGCUCCUAACUAUGUCAUUGAUUGAUGUGGUUAUGCUAUUCAGCAGCAAACCAUUCUUUGCAAGUUCAAAAUCGGCCUUUUCAUGUCGCGGGAAAAUCUUUUGCAGAAAGAAAUGCGCUCUCUAAAUUUAAAGAUGAAAAGUGGUAGUGUCACUAGAACACUGCUAGUCUCACCCAAGUUACCAGUGAAGAACAUAUUUAUGAUUAGCUUGACUGCUUAUUCACAUCGUGUCGGUGUUCCUUGAAGCCAAUUGGUGCACUAUUAACUGAAAAUGAAGCCUAAGAAGACAAAAACGUCUUAUAUCGAGAUGCUUGCUGGGGUUGGAGAGUACCUAGAAGUUGGAUAAUGGAUGACAGAAUCGGAAUCAAACACAAAUCAACAUUAAUUAACUUGUCUUAAGGCUAAUGUCCUUCGUUUUCAGAGUGACAUAGAUAGAGUACUAGAUAAUUAUACUAAUGUCA